UUUAUUUAUUUUUGAAUGAAACUCUAUUUACUUGCGAGUGCUUGGUUAUGUGUUUUAUCUGGUGUAUCUACACAACACAAUCCACGACUUGAAUCUCUUCUAUCCAAUCCAAAGUACCGGCCAAAUUCAUUAGGCAAUGUCAUACCAGGUCGAUUUAUUAUUGAAUUUGAACAAGACUAUCAGGGUUCUUCGCUUGAAUUUAUCAAUGAUGUAGAAUCCUUAUUGGAUGAACCCAGUAUACAAGGUCGAGUUAAGAUCCAUAUGGCGCAUGAUUUUAAUUCACAGCCUGCUAUUUUCCGGGGCGUCUCCGUCAGCCUAGAGCAGGAUAACGAACGUAGUCUCCGCAUCCAGUCUGUUCAAGAUUUGGUGGUGCGGAAAAUACUAGAUCAAAGGCGUGUCAAACAUGUCUAUCCAGUGACUGAGAUUGCUCGACCCAAAGUACAGGUGGCUAACAGUUUUGAUGUUUAUGCAGCUAACGGGACAUUGUUGCCACAUGUACCUGAGUUGAACCUUGCUGUGAAUGGACCAAGUCUUCCUUUUAGUCAUGUCAUGGCUCAAGUAGAUCAAGUUCAGACACAAUUGAAAAACAAAGGUGAAGGGGUCCUCGUUGGCAUUAUUGAUUCUGGUAUCGAUUAUCGCCACCCAGCUUUUGGAGGUGGAUUUGGUCCUGGAUUCCCUGUUCAAUAUGGUUAUGAUCUUGUAGGUAAUCAGUAUAGUUCAAGAGAUAUUCAAUCUAGAAAUCAAGGCGAGACUCCUUUAGAUGACUGUGAAGAUGGAAAUGGACACGGUACACAUGUCGCUGGUAUCAUUGCUGCUAAUGAUGCCUUGUUUAACUUUACUGGUGUUGCUCCCAAAGUAACGUUGGGUGCUUGGAGAGUGUUUGGCUGUAAUGGGGCCACAUCAAACGAUAUUGUCAUGAAGGCUCUUAUUGAUGCACAUGACGCAGGCUGUGAUGUGAUAAAUCUUAGUCUGGGAAGUCCAAGUAACUGGGCAGAAGAUCCAAGUUCGAUCGUUGCCAACAGAAUUGCAGAAAAAGGCACAUUUGUGAUUGCUGCUGCUGGAAAUGAAGGUGGCUAUGGUGCAUUUUAUGUAGCAGCACCUGGCUCAUUAUCCAAUGUGGUUGCUGCUGCUUCUGUUGAUAACUUGUACAAUCUUGAACAAGUCGUGACUACAGAAAAUGGCCGAGAAUAUCCUUAUGUUUUGGCAAGCAACACAAAAGAAGUUGCAGCUGGACAACUCGUUGAUUUUGCAGAGAAGGAUUCAACAGCAUGUGAUGGAUCAGAACCGGAUAAGGAUAUUGCAGGAAAACUAGUGCUUAUCAAAAGAGGCAACUGCACAUUUGAUGAAAAAUCAAAUGUGGUUCAAAAAUUUGGUGGUAUCGGUCUUGUCAUUUAUGACAAUCUAGAAGAAGCUAGCUUCAAGCCUCAAGCGAGUGAUACAUCACUACCUAUCUCAGCUAUUCCUCAAAAAGCAGGUGAAGAACUAAAGCAGUACUUUACAAAUAGCACACAAUUUGUUUCCGAAGGAAUACAUAUUGAGUUUGGAAGGUCACUGACGCCCCAAAGUGUAUCCAGUGCUGACAAGAUCUCCAAGUUUUCAAGCGUUGGACCUUUAUAUGACAUGACUGUCAAGCCUGAUUUUGCAGGACCGGGUGGUUAUAUCUUUUCGACGCUACCUCUUGUGAAUGGUGGUUAUGGCGUCUUGUCGGGUACUUCGAUGGCUGCGCCUUUUAUAGCAGGCGCUUAUGCUUUGUUUCUUGAGGCUCAUGGUAAAGAUAAAAGUCCUUUGUUCUUGAAGGAGCAUUUCCAAAAUUACGCUCAGCCUGUGAUGCAAGGUGAUCACUUUGACAAUCCAGUUCGUCAAGGUGCAGGACUCAUUCAGCUAUUUGAUUCGAUUGGACAAUCUGUGCACAUUUCUCCAGCCACGAUUAGUUUUAAUGAUACAGUCAAUAUGAAGCCUGUCUCUUUGACUAUCUCUAAUCCCUCCAACAGAACGGUAUCUUAUUCAAUAAGUCAGAAAGACAGUGUGUCCAUUGCACCUUACAACACUUCGCUUCAAGGAUAUACACCCUUAGCUCCUGCACCUUACACAUCCACACUUGUCAGAGCACAACUUAAUUUCUCAUCGAGCCGUGUGACACUUGGACCUCGUGAAUCAGCCGAAUUGCAUGUCCAAGUAACUGACAUUUUUGGCACAUCUGAACAGGAACCUUUUCCUAUCUAUGGAGGGUUUGUUCAGUUUUUACCAGAUGAACAUGCCACUGAAUUCAAGCCAAUCCAUGUUCCUUUUAUUGGCACCCAGGGCUCAUUAGCAGAACUUCCUAUUUUUGAUGAAAGCUAUCCUCAUCUGAUGGUUACCAAUACAACUCGAUUCUUUAGACGAAUUUUGGACGAUGGCACAAGACUAAGUGGGCUUGUGAUGGACCGCUCACGAAGAGCAUCAUCGUUUGUCACUUCAGUUUUCAGGCUCUUGACUGGCACGCCUCAGAUGGUCACUGAAGUACUAAAUAUCAAUAAGACGGUAAUUGGUACUUUUUCUCACGAAGAGUUCCUUGCAAGAAACACACUUGAUGAUGAUGACUAUAUCUUCACAUCACGUUGGAAUGGCACCUUGGUUCCUUUGGCUGAUGGUAUAAUAGAUAACUCGGUCGUGCUUGAUUCUGGCUAUUAUUAUCUACGAUGGAAAGCUCUCAAGCUAAUGUCGAAUGCUUCUGAUCCAAACGGCUGGGAGAUAAGAGAUUCUUUACCUAUUCAUAUUUUAUAAAAAAAAAGAAACUUGGAUCAUACAGCUGAUAUCUCAUACCUCUUUGUUAAACUAUGUUUCUCAAACAGCCUCACAUAAAUCAAUGAACAGCCAGAUGCAGCAAAAAAGCAUUGUUUAAGCUCGCUAGAAAAGAAUGAAAUAGAUAAAUCACAUCUUUAUUGAUUUCAUAUACUUGAUAUGUUUCUAAUCCUCAACUAGUGUCUUUUUUAAGUGUCAGGUUUAUUAUUUAGUCUUGAUUCAUGAACAGACUUACAAUUCGUUUUUGAAUAAAACUGACAAAUGUAAUGGUUCCACCAG